UGCAGCCUAGCAGGUGCAUCUGGCUUCCCCGGGAAAACCAUGGAGUGGAAUCCGGAGAGGAAGAAAAGAAGCUCCGUGAGUAGCAGCAGCUGGGGCAACUCGAUCUGGAUGAGAUUCCAACGCCCACUUACAGGCUCCCCUGAGCGGCCAGUGGCAGUGUGGGGCAUGGCAGCAGUUUGGCAGCAAGUGUUGGCUGUAGAUGCACGGUACAACGCAUACCGCACCCCAACCUUCCCGCAAUUCCGCACACAGUACAUCCGCCGGCGCAGCCAGCUGCUGCGGGACAACGCUAAAGCCGGCUACGACCCCUCGCUCCGUAAGCAGUACCUGCGGCUGCGCGGCCAGCUCCUGGCCCAGCGCUACGGCCCCCUCUCAGAGCAGAGCAGCUUCCGUGCCUACAGCAACAGCAUUGUCCGAAGCAGUCGUACCACACUUGACCGCAUGGAGGAUUUUGAUGACGACCCAAGGGCACUGGGUGCCCGAGGCCACCGCCGCUCUGUCAGCCGAGGGUCCUACCAGUUGCAGGCGCAAAUGAACCGAGCUGUCUACGAUGAGAGACCCCCUGGCAGUGUUGUCCCCACUUCGGUGGCAGAGGCCAGCCGUGCAAUGGCUGGGGAUACCACCCUAAGUGAGAACUACGCUUUUGCUGGCAUGUACCAUAUAUUUGACCAGCACGUGGAUGAGGCUGUGCCCAAGGUUCAGUUUGCCAAUGAUGACAAACACCUAUUAGCCUGCUGUUCUCUGGAUGGUACCAUUUCUGUGUGCCAGCUAGUGCCAACUCCCCCUGUGGUGCUGCGGGUGCUGAAGGGACAUAGCCGUGGCGUGUCGGACUUUGCCUGGUCCCUCUCCAAUGACGUCAUUGUUUCCACUUCACUUGACGCCACUAUGCGCAUAUGGGCUACAGAGGAUGGCAAGUGCAUCCGGGAAAUUCCAGAUCCAGAUGCUUCUGAGCUGCUCUGCUGCACUUUCCAGCCCAUGAACAAUAAUCUCACGGUGGUGGGGAAUGGAAAGCACAACCUCCAUGUGGUGAACAUCUCAACAGGGAAAAAAGUGAAGGGUGGCUCGAGCAAGCUAACUGGCCGAGUGCUGUCUCUCUCCUUUGAUUCCCCUGGCCGUAUCCUCUGGGCAGGAGAUGACAAAGGCAGCAUAUUUUCUUUCCUCUUUGACAUGGCAACAGGAAAACUGACCAAGGCAAAACGGCUGAUAGUUAACGAGGGCAGUUCUAUCACCAGUAUCUCGGCCCGCUCUUGGAUCAGCAGAGAAGCACGGGACCCCUCCCUCCUCAUCAAUGCAUGUAUUAACAAGCUGCUGCUAUAUAGGGUAGUGGACAACGAAGGGACACUCCAGCUUAAGAGAAGUUUCCAGAUACAGCAGAGCUCACAUCCUGUCCGCAGCAUCUUCUGUCCCCUCAUGUCCUUCCGCCAGGGAGCAUGCAUUGUGACCGGCAGUGAGGAUAUGUGUGUCUACUUCUUUGACGUGGAGCGAGCUACCAAGGCUAUAGUCAACAAACUACAAGGUCAUAGUGCUGCUGUGUUGGAUGUCAGCUUUAACUGUGACGAAAGCCUCUUGGCAUCCAGUGAUGCCAAAGGCAUGGUUAUUGUCUGGAAAAGAGAACAGAAGUAGCAUUUCUCCCCUGAUGAGUGGAAAGAAGUACAGUUAGUCAACAUUGCUGAAGGAGACAGCUUGGGUGAAAGUCAGGAACCCUAAAGACCCUUUGUCCUCCUCUUGCUGGUCGUUUUAUUUAUAUCUUCUACAGCUAUGAACAUACUGAGAACAUAUUUACAGUGAACCAGCAUCCAUUUAUUCCCAGGUUUUCAAUUAGUGGGAUUUUGUAUACCAGACAAAGGAUGCAGGUUAUCCUGUGAGACGUUUGGCUUACUUCUAUUGUGGUUUAUGUGUUAGAUGUCCAAGUUGCUGUCAGCUGUAAUCAACAGGACACAAUGUAUGCCAAAAGUGAAGGUGGUAAACAAUGCUGCAGAGCCUCUCUGCCAACUGGCAGCAUAGGAUUUGGGACUACAUGGGUUAUUUGCCUCAUGAGCAUGGAAUUUAGUGGCCCUAGCUCCCAUUUAGUAGUAGCUUGCUCCUUGCUGCUGCAUAACUACUGUACUUUGCUGUUGCAAUGGUCCAUUCCUUCCUGGAAAUACCAAGGACAUCAAACUCCAGAAAGCGACAUCUUCUCUUUGCCUCCUUCAAGUGCCAGACUGAGCCAUCAACUUGGAAGGAUCAGCCUGCUUUAUUAGUGUGCCUGUUGGACAUGUGAACUUCUGCAGCUACAACUUUGUGGACAGAUUCCCCUCCAACAUGAAAAAUCUUGCAGCUCAUGUCUACAUUGGGCUCUUAAUUCUGGCAUGUUUUUCAGAAGCAGCUACCAGUGAUGAAAUGUCUUCCUAUUACA